UCACACACAAUAUGGUAACAAUGAUGAUGAGACCUAUUCUCUUUAUUCUUCUUCUAUCAUCCCUUCUCCCACCAAUCCUCACCGUUGAUCCCCCACUCCCACCAUCCGACGGCUCCGACUUCAUCCGGACGUGCUGCAACACCACACUCUACCCGGACCUUUGCUUCUCAACUCUCUCAUCUUUUGCUAACUCCAUCCAAAACGACUCGAACCGUCUCGCACGCGUAGCCAUCUCCUUCACUCUCCACAACACUAUCCACCUCCUCACCUACCUCCAAAACACUUAUCACCGCGACCACCCAACCCCCGUCCUCAAAGACUGCUUCGAGAAUCUUAAAGACGCCGUCGACGAAAUGAGAGGUUCCAUGAAACAGAUGAAGGAGCUUGUCUCUUCGUCUGGAGGCUCGGUCCAAUCUUUUAAGUUCCAGAUGAGCAAUGUCAAAACUUGGCUUAGCGCAGCUCUCACUAACGAGUAUACUUGUACUGACGGGUUCAAAGACGUCCAUGAAGACAACUCCACCAAAGAUGACGUAUGCUCACGAGUCGAUGCCGUCAAGAAGCUGACUAGUAAUGCCCUCUCUUUAGUAAACCGCUAUGCCGACGAGGCAAUAAUACACUAAUCAAUAUCUUCGUCAUCGUUAAGUCUUUCUUUUUCUUGAAAAUAUGAAUUUUCAUAUACUUAAGAUGUAAAAAAAAAAAGAAAAAAAAAAAGAAGACGUUUAAAAAUGUAACUACAAUAAUAAAUCUGAGUUU